GCAAGGGAGAGCCUAGGAGGCCAACGUGCGACCUGCUUUCCAGUGCCACCAUCCAGGUCACGGUCGAGCACCCCCCACCCCCCACAGGCAUUGUGGGGCUAUGGGCGACGGUGUGAUCUACCCUUCAGUCUUCUUUGUGGAGGGGCAGGGAGACCGGAUCCCCAUCGUGCCCCCCCGGAGGAAACCUCACACACGGCAGUGCUCACCUGGCCAGCUGGUCCUGGCUGUCCUGGUGAGCCUGGCACUGGUUGGGGUGGCUGUGGAGGGCUACUACCUGCUGCGCCUGCAGGGGGUGCUGGGGCAGGUGCCAGCACAUGCGGCUGCCGAGGCCCUUGCUGAGAAAGUCAUACAAGAGCGGAUGUUGCAGGCCGAGAAGCCGGCAGCUCAUCUCAUCGGCUCAGAGAACACGACGAAGGGAGGCAAAGCACUGCUGUGGGAGAGCACCAAGGACUGGGCCUUCGUGCGGGGGCUGGGCUACGAGGAGGGUGCGCUGGUGUGCCACCAGCCCGGGCACUACUACGUCUACUCAGUUGUGCAGCUGCGGGCAGUGCCAGAGGCCUGUGCCGUGACCUCCGCUACCCACAGAGUCUACAAGACCACCCCCCGGUACCCAAGGCCUCUGCCCCUGCUGCAGCGGCUCUUGGCCCCCCACUGCGGCUCCGGCAACCACUCGCUCUGGGCCCAUGGCAGCGCCCUGGGCGGCCUCGUGCACCUGACGCCACACGACCGCCUCUACGUGGACGUGAAGCCACGGCACCUGCUGCAGGUGCGCGAUGGCACCCGCUCUGUCUUCGGCGCCUUCAUGCUCUGAGUCCCCUAUGGCCACCACCACCUGAACACCUGGGUUCACUGCCCCCUGGAUGCCUGGGUUCACUGGGGCCCAGACACCUGGGUUCUUUGAGGCAGGAGCCUGGACACCUGCUGCAGGUGUGCAAGAGCGCCUACCCCGUCUUCAUGCUCCAAGCCACCUACAGCUGCCACCUCCUGGGCUCCUAGGUUCACCAGGGGCCCAGACACCUGGGUUCUCUGGGGCAGGAGCCAGGAUGCAGGUCCAUGACGGCGCCUGCUCUGUCUUCAACGCCAUCGUGUUCUGAACCACCCAUGGUCACCUUCUUCCAGGCGCCUGGGUUAUCCAGGAGUGCACACUGGCUCCCACUCCAUCUUUGGCGCGUUCAUGCUCUGAGCCAGGGGCAGGGGCUGCCUCCCAGAUGCCUGGGUUCUCUGGGAACAGGAGCCUGGAUGCCUGGGAAGAGAAGGGGAAGGCUGGCGUCCUGGACACCUGGGUUCUCUACCUGGCUGUGGGAGGGGAGUGGGAAUUAGCGGCUAGAGCGAAGAGGGCUAGGAGCCCAGACCUAGGUUCUUUCCCCUGCUGGAGCCAAGUAACAGGGCUGGGAGCACCCAGACACCUGGGUUCUCUGCAUGAUUCUGGAAUGGACAGUAGGGCUGAGGGAGCCCACACUCCUGAGUCCUGGGCCAGGCCAGAGGCAGAGAGCUGGGGGGGGGGGGAUGGAGCUGGCUCCAGUGCCCUGCCCUGCCUGUUUCCCCCCACCACUGCAGGCAACCAGUCCCCUCCCUGCCCCCAGCAUUGGGACCCUACAGCUGCAUGCAGCCCCCGAGCUUGGAAAUAAAAU